AUGAAAAAGAGACAAUAGUUUCAAGUUCAAUAGAAAAUAAUAAUGUAUGUAUUAAUGCUUUUCUUGGAAUUUUAUAGGUUUGAAAAUGGCAAAUUUAUUAUUCUUUUAAUAUUUUUGGCAUUGAUCUGUCGUUAUUUAUAUACAAGGAAAGUUAUUUAAAAGAUUGGUGAAUUGAUUAUUAGUCUUAAAAUUCUUCAUUAAAAUUAAUCAUCAUCUUAAAUUCCAGAAAAUGAUGAAUAUUAUAAAAAAAGUAUUGUUUUUAAUUUAGUAAUAUUAGGUUCAAUUAUUAAACAGUUGAAAAAAGUUAUGAAAUUUUUAACAAACAAAUUCAAAAGAAUAAAUGAAUCAUAAAUAGAUGUUUCCAAGAAAUAUAGCCAAUUUGAUAUGGAAGAAUCUAUUUGA